GCAAGAAGAUGGUCUCAAAGACACCUUCGGCCGCAGCUGUCACAGGAUCCAGAAGUCCAGGACCAGACGAGGCUGCUGAGGCGGACGACGACAGCGACUACAGCGAAGACUUCGAAGAGCUCGGAGUCUUCAAGGCAACCACGGGUGGCGGCCGGACCGCGCCGCGGGAACGGAAGGCCUAUUCCAUGGAGGCGGCCUUGGAGAUCUCGGCAUUGCCGGUGCUGCCGCUAAAUCAU